AUGCUAAAAUACCAAUGCCCCUUUUUUCUUUCCAAUCCCUUUCAUGUGAACGUGCAUAUCAAAGACUAUGAAGAUGAAUCUCCAGUAAGAGUCUUACAUGACCUCUAUUGUGAAAUCAGGACUCUGAAGGAAGAUGUUAAUGCCAGUCUUGGUAAGAGUUGCUCUGAAACACAAGCAAUUCAUGAGUUUAUGAAGGCAAGUGAAAUAUUGAUGCAAAGAAAUGCAGCAGAUCUUCGAAAAAUAAGAGAGCUGUUCCAGAAAUAUGGCUACAAACCACAUGUCAAAGAUUCUACAGAGGCAGAGGAAGAAGUUAACAGUGAUUCAACAGUGUCUGUCCAGGAUAAAUCCGAAGAAAAAGCAGAUGAUGUACCUCAUCUUCCUGCUUGUACUGAGAAGCCUCUGGUGCCUGAAGACCCACUGCGUAACCCCCAGCUUUCUGAUUUUGGUCUUUCACGAUAUGCUUUCUCCAGGCCUUGGAGUGCAGUGAAAGAACAACGUGCAACAAAUGCUCAUCAAGAUAAUUCAAACAGGACUCCUCUAAAACCACAGACCCCCUCUAUCUUGCCCAAAACACCAAAAUGUAUGCUAAAGAUGGACGAUUAUGAGUGUGCAACACCAAAAUUUGAACACUUUGGAAUUAGUGAACAUACCAUGUGUAUGAAUGAAGAUUAUACAAUGUCACUUCUUCGUAAAACUGCUCAGGCAAGCAUGAAGGUGUUUAAAAAACAUGAUCAUGAAGUCAAUGUACCAGGAAUGACACCCAGGGAAAUCAUGGUUACUCCUGGGCCAAAACCAAAAGUGACAACUGAGAAUGCAGCAGCUGACUGGAUGGUUUCUCCUAUGGUCCUUGUGUUCUGUACUCCUGAUGUGAAAAUCCAUUCCAGGACAAAUAGCACAGUAUUACCACGGUCACCAGAGACAAAUGAACUGCCUUUUCCCAGUCAUACAGCAACGCCACAGGUCCCAGAUUUUGAAACAAGAUGGCUAAAAACAGAAGCUAAGGUACAGGUAAAGCAGGGGGAAAAGAUGGAGUCGGUGACAAAGAACGAUGCAACAGAUAAAAAGUUCACAGAAGAUAGCCUCUCUUUUACUGUGAGCUCUGAUGAGUACCUUAAACGUUUCAGAGACCCUUCUCCUCCCAAAAUAAAACAGUAUGACCAGUUACUCAAUACUCCUCCACCUCCAGAAAUAACAAGGAUACCAGAUGAUGUUCUACAGAUUCUGUCCAAGUAUAAUAAUAAAGUAGACUCUUCUAAACCCAAGGAAAUGGAGACUAAGGUAGGAAAUGCUAGAAGAUAUGAAGGUGAUUUCACUGAUUACUGCAACAAAGAGAACAGGUACACUGACAAUACACUGCUUGUGGUCAGCAGCCCAGGAGAUCGACGUAUGCAAGCCAGCCACCUCCACCCUGCAGGUUCGCUUGGCCAAGAAGCUGGUGGUCAGGGCCAGGACUCCCACACGUACUGCCAGAGCGCAGACUUGCUGCCCAACUUCUUCUCGGUCCAUCGAAACUGCGGGAAAGCGCAUCUCUGGGCACAGCGCCUGCCGGUGUAUUUUCACGAGGAAACACUUCUGCACGCUCCUUAG